CCGAUACUGAUCAGCAAAAUGAGUAUAGUGUCUGCAUACCAUAAGAAUUUCAGCUUGUUUUGGAUAUGCGAACUAUGUUGCACAGUGGGAUUAUUGUGCACCGUGCAGCAGGAUUAUUGUGCAGAGCUGUCCAAAAAAUCAUUGAGCAUGAUCUUGGGACAAGCGUUCAAUCCACGCUACAUGAGUAUUGAACCACCGAAGAGCGGAUCGAGGGAAGAAACGUCAAAUUUUGGAUCGAAGAGAUCGCCAUUGGAUAUACCAUUCUAUGCCGACAAUAAUGUUGUCUCAUUGGGCAGUUUUCCCGCCUGGGAGACGAAUCAUUUCGCUUACUUUGAGAAGAAGGAGGAGAUUUCAUUGAAGAGGCGCGAUAUAAACGUUAGAAACAUUUUUAUCGAAGGCGGCGGCGGCGGUGGACAUGGCAAGCCCGAAGUAUUUAAAACUCGACCAUGGGAAUGCUCCUCGAUAAUUAACUGGAUUGACUUGGGGCUGAAUUACUUUCCACGCUACAUCCGUUCGAUUGAGUGCAUUGCCAAGAAAUGCUGGUACGGUCAUUUCAAAUGCAAACCCAAAUCUUUCACCAUCAAAGUGCUGCGACGCAAAACCGGCUCAUGUAUCCACGUUAGCGAUAAACUAAUUCUGAUUACGUCGGAGAAAUAUAUAGAUGAUUACACUCAGUUGUGGAUUUGGGAGGAAAUCGCUGUUAACUUUUGCUGUGAAUGCGUAAUGCUCUAUUGAUAAUAUUAAGUUGAUAUAAUUAAAAUAACACUAAUUCUGAUUACAUCAGAGAAAUAAAUUAAUGAUUCUACAUAGCUGUGGACUUGGGAGGAAAUUGUUAAUUUUUGCUGUGAGUUGAUAAUAAGUACUACCACAAAUACUAAUAUUAAGUUGCUACAACAAUAUAAAAAUAAUAAAACUCAGUAAU